GGGAAGGUGUAGAUAGUGAGAGCCAGAAAAAGAGGGAGCAAAUAAAGGAGGAGAGUGAGACAUGGAAGCUAUGACUGAGACCCCAGAGGCAAUCCUAAAAGAGAACUUUCCAGGAGAACAGUCAUUACAAGGGGUAAAAGUAGAAAAACUCAGAGGGGGCAAAUGGUGCCACUCCACUUUGGGGAACUGUAGGGAAAGUGAAAGCCAUAAAAAGAGGCAGCAGGCAAAACAGGAGAGUGAUGUGAGAAAAAUUAUGAAAUGUCAGAAGAUUCACACUGGAGACAAAAGUUAUAAAUAUUGUAAUGAAUGUGGGCAAGGAUUUACUCACAAUUCAAGCCUUAUUGUACACCAGAGAAUUCAUACUGGAGAGAAGCCUUAUAAGUGCAAUGAAUGUGGAAAAGCAUUUACCCGCACCUCAAUCCUUACAGUACAUCAAAGGAUUCAUACUGGAGAGAAGCCUUAUAAAUGCAGUGAAUGUGGGAAAACUUUCAUUCAGAGCUCAAACCUUAUUUUACACCAGAGGAUUCAUACUGGAGAGAAGCCUUAUAAAUGUAAUGAUUGUGGGAAGUCCUUCAUUCAGAGUUCAGACCUUAUUGUACACCAGAAUGUUAAUACCGAGGAGAAGCCUUAUAAAUGCAAUGAAUGUGGGAAAUCCUUCAUUCUGAGUUCAACUCUUAUUGUUCAUCAGAGGAGUCAUACUGGAGAGAAGCCUUUCACAUGUAAUGAAUGUGGGAAAACAUUCAUUCAGAGAUCAGACCUUGUUAAGCACCAGAGGAUUCAUACUGGAGAGAAGCCUUAUAAAUGCAGUGAAUGUGGGAAAGCCUUCAUUGAAAGUUCUACUCUUAUUGUACAUCAGAGGAUUCACACUGGAGAGAAGCCUUAUACAUGUAUUGAGUGUGGGAAAACAUUCAGUCGAAACUCCUACCUGCAUCAACAUCAGAGGAUACAUACUGGAGAGAAGCCUUUUAAAUGUAAUGAAUGUGGGAAAGCCUUCACUCGAAAUUCGAGCCUUAUUCUACACCAGAAGAUUCAUACUGGAGAAAAGCCCUAAAAUAGAAUGAAUGUAGGAAGCUCUUCAUUCAGAAUUCAGCUGUUAUUGAACAUCAGAUGUUUCAUAGAAGAGAUAGAAGCCUUAUAAAUAUAAUGAAUGUGGGAAUGCCUUCAUUCAAAGGUCAGAUCUCAUUAAGCACCAGAGGAGUCAUAUUGGAAAGAAGCCUUAUAAAUCCAACAAGUGUGGAAAUUCCUUCAUUGAGAACUUCAAACUCGUACAUCAAAACAUAACAAAUGUAAUGACUGUGGCAAGACAUUUCCUAGCUGUUGACAUUUUUUUUUCUGCAUUAGAGAAUUCACGAUGGAGAGAAAUCCUUAUUGUAUGUGAGCUGAGGCAUAUUAGAGUAUAGUCUCACAAGUGUAAAUAAUUUGGGAAAACAUUCACUCAGAGUUCAGUGCUUAUUAUACUUCUGAGCAUUCCUAUUGGAAAGAAUACUCAUAAAUACAAAGAAUGCGAAAAACAAUUUACUGAGAACUCAGCCUUUAUUAGACAUAAGAAGAUUCAUAUUGGAUAGAAUCUUAUAAAUACAAUUUAUGUGGGAAAGCCUCAUUUGGCAUUAACCAUUAGAAGAUUCCUACUAGAAAAUCACUUUAUAAAUGUAUGAAAUAUAGGAAAGUGUUUAGUAAUUUCUCAUGCUUUAUUCAUUAGCUGUUGAUUCAUAAGGGAAUGUGACUUACAAAAUCAUUUACAGAGGGCUGAUUAUAUGCCAAGCACACUGCUAAAUGCAGGGUAUACAGAUAGAAAAUGAAGCCAGUCACUGCUCAAGGAGCUUGAAGCUUCUUUGGGGAAAACAAUCCACAUAGAAGCAUUAAGAUUCAAGGAGGCUGGAAAGGCCCAGAGGUCCUCACUGUUCAGCUGUAGGGUCAACAUCGAAGCCAAAUAUUUUCUAUCAUGCAUUUGGGUGUCUUCCCCACAGAGACUUCCUAUCAUCAGUAGGAAUGGGGUUUGGAGAUGAUAAAUGACCAGUGAAUGCAUCUAUGAUAAGAGAAGUAGUUGAAUGAGGAAAAUAUCUUUGGAUCAAGUUUCUCAAAGAAGAAUUUGGUAUCUUAGACAUGGAGAGAACUUCUCUAUGGGUUAUUUUCCCCCAAAUAAGUUUCAUGCUCUUUGAGCAGAAACUGGCUUCUUUUUCUAUCUGUAUCCCCAGCACUUAGCACCGUGCUUGGCACAUAAUCAGCCCUCUGUAAAUGAUUAUAUUGUGUGAAUACACACAAACACACAUACAUACACACACACACACAGAGCAUUCCAAAAGUUUUAGUGCGGUUUUAAGCUAUUGAAGCCAUUUUCCCAGUACAAUUAUAAUGCAACAUUGUUUUUUGUUUC